CUGCUCAGGAGGCCCUGGCCAAUGGAACCCGAUCCACCCCGCUGUGCGUAAGCGCGCAAUUAAGGAUUUAACCAAGGCUGUGCUGCGCUUCAGCCAGCAGUCAGCCUGCCCGAGACAGAGCCUCCGCGACUCCCAGCCUCCUCCUCGCCGCCGCCGCCGCCGCCGCCGCCUCUCCUCCUCCUCCUCUUCCUCCUCCUCCCUCGCUCCUACAGCCAUGUCAGCUUAGACCAGAGCAGCCCCACAGCCAAUUCGGGCCGCCGCCGCCAGCGAGCGAUGACAGGAGUGUUUGACAGAAGGGUCCCCAGCAUCCGAUCCGGCGACUUCCAAGCCCCGUUCCAGACGGCCGCAGCUAUGCACCACCCGUCUCAGGAAUCGCCAACUCUGCCCGAGUCGUCGGCUACCGAUUCCGACUACUACAGCGCCCCGGGGGGAGCCCCGCACGGCUACUGCUCUCCUACCUCGGCUUCCUACGGCAAGGCGCUCAACCCGUACCAGUACCAGUACCACGGCGUGAACGGCUCCGCCGGCAGCUACCCCGCCAAAGCUUACGCCGACUACAGCUACGCCAGCCCCUACCACCAGUACGGCGGCGCCUACAACCGCGUUCCGAGCGCCACCAGCCAGCCAGAGAAAGAAGUGGCCGAGCCCGAGGUGAGGAUGGUGAACGGCAAACCAAAGAAAGUUCGUAAACCCAGGACUAUUUAUUCCAGCUUUCAGCUGGCCGCGUUACAGAGAAGGUUUCAGAAGACUCAGUACCUCGCCCUGCCCGAACGCGCUGAGCUGGCCGCCUCGCUGGGACUGACGCAAACACAGGUGAAAAUCUGGUUUCAGAACAAAAGAUCCAAGAUCAAGAAGAUCAUGAAAAACGGGGAGAUGCCCCCGGAGCAUAGCCCCAGCUCCAGCGACCCUAUGGCGUGUAACUCGCCGCAGUCUCCAGCGGUGUGGGAGCCCCAGGGCUCGUCCCGCUCGCUCAGCCACCACCCUCAUGCCCACCCUCCGACCUCCAACCAGUCCCCUGCGUCCAGCUACCUGGAGAACUCAGCUUCCUGGUACCCGAGCGCAGCCAGCUCAAUCAAUUCCCACCUGCCGCCGCCCGGCUCCUUACAGCACCCGCUGGCGCUGGCCUCCGGGACACUCUAUUAGACCGGCCGCUUUCUCUUGCUCUCUUUUUUGGGACUACUGUGUUUUUGCUGUUUUAGAAAAUCAACCUUUUUUUUAAAAAAAAGGAAUUCAUAUGGGAAAGUUUGGAAAAACGGAAACAAAAAAAAAUUCAUGUGUAAAGCUUUUUUUUUUUUGCAUGUAAGUUAUUGCAUUUCAAAGGACCCCGUCCCCCCUUUUUUUACAGACGAACAUUUUUGCGCAACUGUGGACACUAUCAAUGGUGCCUUGAAAUCUAUGACCUCAACUUUUCAAAAGACUUUUUUCAAUGUUAUUUUAACCAUGUAAAUAAGUGUAGAUAGAAGAAUUAAGCUGUAUAUUCUGGAUAAAUAAAAUUAUUUCGACCAUGAAAGCAAAA